AUGCAUAUGGUAAAUGAUCCACGUCCUGCCAGUGUCAGCAUAAUACGUACUCACGAUACGGAGAUUGCCCAACUGUUUUGGUUGAGAGUACAGCGGGCCUUAAGCAAGACAUCACCGAAAGCAACAUCAGCACAAUAUACCCACGAACGGGACAGGCGAAGCUUUGUGUUUGUGUGGGUGAGAGAGGUGAGGAAUUGGGACAAGGUGUGGGCGGGGCUGCAACGUCCUGCAUUGAACUGGACUGUAUUGAUGUUAGAGGAUGUGAUGGAACGAUUAUUGGAAGAAUUGAGAUUGAGGAUUUGGAAGGCGCGUAGGAAAAAUAUGAAAAGCUCCAAAGUAUCAUUGGAGGGGAUAUGGACGUGCGCGAGUACCGCAAAGGGCUGGGAGAUGUGGAGAGGUGCGGUAGAGAUGCUGUCGAGACCUAGCUUUAAGGCGAGGGAUCGGAGAGAUGGCUACAGUGCAAUGACGUUUAGCACGCUGCUCGGAACAUCACAGCAGUGGGAUAUCGAUGACACCUUUGUGAGACCAUCGGGAUAG